ACUUGAACACUACUCGCAAACAUGUCCGGAAGAGGCAAAGGUGGAAAGGGUCUUGGAAAAGGAGGCGCAAAGCGUCACCGCAAAGUUCUUCGUGAUAACAUCCAGGGAAUCACCAAGCCUGCAAUCAGGCGUCUGGCUCGCCGUGGUGGUGUAAAGCGUAUCUCUGGUCUCAUCUACGAGGAGACCCGUGGUGUGUUGAAGGUUUUCCUGGAGAACGUGAUUCGUGAUGCCGUCACCUACACCGAGCACGCCAAGAGAAAGACCGUGACCGCCAUGGACGUCGUUUACGCCCUGAAACGCCAGGGCCGUACUCUGUACGGUUUCGGCGGUUAAAGAUCAACUUUCUUUCCUCAACUUACACCC